AUGGAUCGUCGAACUUACGAAGGACCUAUGGACUGGGAGUACCAGGACCACGGCCCUUUUGAUCCCACGAGUCCCUUUACACAUGCAGCCAAAAGUAAUUCGCAGAAUGUCUUUGCUUCGCCCUCAAAACCGAGCUUAAAACCAAAUCCUUUCGCAAACUUGGGGACACCUUCGAAACAGCAACCACCACGAUCAUCGUUUUUUACUCCUCAAGUGCCAAGAGCUGCCGCGCCCCCGUUCCGUAACCCUGCCUUUACAACGCCCCGACGACCAUUUGAGGAUUUGGCAUUGUCUGAAGCUUCCGGUGCAGAAGAUAGCCCUGCCCCUACUGAGGUGUCCGACUUCCCAAACGAUACUCCUGAGGUAGACCAUACCAGUGACAUCAAUAUGGGUGGUAUGACAAGUCCCUCCAAGAUUGACAAGUCGCAUCGAUAUAACAAGACUCCUUUCUCGAGUAAGAAGCAUACCCCGGGCCGAGGCGAGAUUAGAGCAAACCGAGACCUCUCCGUAUCCGAGUUUAUUCGCAAAAGGAAGCGACAUAACCUUGACAGGGACGUCAGCAUUGUCAAUCGACAUCGAUGGACAGAAUCAGACUCCGACUACGACUCGGGCGAUAGUAUCGCACCACGGCGACGAUCACGCGGGAGGAGAAAGGCAAAGGAAGAGCCCAAGGGUUUCCUGGGUUCCCUAUUUCACAUGUUGGAUGAACACCCCAACGCCCCCGACAAUCUGUAUCGCUGGGUGAAGUUGCUGGUCAACUUUUUUCUUGUCUCAGUCUUCGUCUAUAUUGGCUGGUCAAUCGUGAGCACUGUCAAGACAGAUAUCGAGAACGCAAACGAGAUGGCCCGCAUUGAGAUAAUGGGCAGAAUCACCGAGUGUCAGACGCAAUACACGAUCAAUGGUUGCUCUAGGAAUGACCGACCCCCAGUUAUUGCAAAACACUGCGACGAGUGGUUCGAGUGCAUGACGCAAAACCCCGAAGCCAUCAUGAGAGUCAAGGUGACAGCCAAGCAAAUCGCGGAGAUCAUCAACGAGUUCUCUGACGCCAUGAACCUCAAGGCCUGGGGUUUCUUCUUCGCUGUACUGAUUUUCUGUGCCUUCGCGAACAACUUCUUCUUAGGCGGAUAUAUUAACAAGCCGGCGGCGCCUGUUCCAUCACAACCUGCCGCUCCUUCACGUGAGGCGUCAAUGGUUCCAGAGAACGGCCCUGGAUUCAUGUGGGUUCCAGUACAGACACCGAGAAUGAAGCGUCAUAUGAUACUGGACGAGGGGACAGACACGGACAGUACACCACCAAAAAUGAAGGCACUCCUUCCACCAGCUUUCACGCCAUCGAUUCGCCGAAGCCCAAGCAAAGGAGAUCGGGGUCGUAGCCCCGUCAAGAAUCGGAGCCCAAGCAAGGGGCGCCGGGAACCAUUCGCAUAG